CACAAACAUUGACCAGAAGUGAAAGAGGAAUAAGCUACAGUUAAGCUUCUUUGAAAUAACCUUUUAUGCUAGGCAUCUGCAUACAAAAAGUCAAAUUGAACUGACUCCGAUUAUACAUAGGACUUUACAGAUUUCUUCAUUGGCCCCUUUUAACUUCUUGAUUUCCAAAUUAAGAAGGUGAUUCCUUACUCUACUACUCUUUGGAUUUGUAAAUCAGAUAUAUCCAAUAUGGCUUCACCAGCUUGAUACUUCCAACAUUCUCCACUUGGAUUUCAGAUUUCUAGCAUUUGCACAUUCCGUUUUGGAACCUUCCAGUAUAUCAUCUCAAAGAAAUACAAAGAUUAUACUGAGUCAUAAUCACCAGCUGAAAAUAUGGAAAUUGCCAAUCUGUCAAUGCCACCAGGAAAUGAAAGAACGAUGGAAGCCAAUAAAACACUGAGCCAGAACUGCAGCAUAAACCAGGAUUUUCUAAUGGUUUUUUUACCAAUAAUGUACUCCUUUAUAUUCUUAACAGGACUGAUAAGCAAUGUUUCAGCACUGUUAGUGUUUUUCAUUAUACAAACUAAAAAAAACUCCAUUCAUGUCUAUCUGAUCAAUAUGGCAAUUGCAGACCUCCUCUUAAUUGUCUGCCUACCUUUUAGAAUAGCAUAUCAUGCAAAUCAUGACCAAUGGGUAUUAGGAAACACGUUCUGCAGAGCCAUAGGCAUUUUGUUUUAUGUGAAUAUGUAUGUUAGCAUCAUACUUUUGGGACUCAUUAGUAUAGAUCGGUACUUAAAAAUAAUAAAGCCAUUGCAGCACUAUAAACUACAAGAUGUCCACAUAAGUUGUAAGACUUGUGGCAUGAUCUGGUUUGUCUCCAUUCUGAUUGGUAUAAUAGAGCUUUGGAAGAGCAGCACAACCAAUAAUUUCAACAAGUGCUUCCAUUAUAGAGAAAAACAACAUUCAGAAGUAAUCAUCAAUCUUGCCAUUGUAUUCGUUUUUUGGAUUGUCUUCUUUCUCCUCAUUAUUUCAUAUGCAAAGAUUGCAAGAAGGCUUUCUAAUCUCAGUAGAGAAAAGCCUGAAUUGUCCAACAAGAAAGUUUUCAACAAUGUUGUAAUGAAAACAUUCAUUAUUCCCUUCAUUUUUACCAUCUGUUUCGUCCCAUUUCACAUCUCCCGCUUCUUUUACAUUGCAUCUCAGCUCCAGCAAGGAAGCUGUUACUGGAAAAACACAGUAAAUAAAGCAAAUGAAAUAUCACUUUUGUUAUCUGCUUUCAACAGUUGCCUGGAUCCAAUAAUGUAUUUUCUACUCUCCAAGACAGUUAGAAAAACUAUAUUGAGCUUAAUUGAUGGAAAAUUUCAGAAAGAUUCAAGAAGUGAAACCACAUAAAAGCUGUAGUUUCUUUGAUCCUUUAUACUCAUGAUAUUUAAAAUAGAUAUAUAAUGGCAUUUGUUUGGUAUAUUUAGCAACAUGCCCAAAAAUAUUUUGGAUUUCUGAAGUUACAAAUCAAUAAAUUAACCAGCUUGCAUAUGCUUAAAAUGGAGUAACAUAAUAUUUUAACGAGUAUACCAAGAAACUGAAAGCUUGGCUUUUUCAAGCAAAGUAUGCUAGAAUGCAGACUCGAGGGGCCGAAUGGUCUACUUCUGCACCUAUUGUCUAAUAUACUUCUACCAAACCCAGACAGAAGCAUAAAUACUAUGCAAAUAAGUUUGGAAUUACAGUUCUGCAGUCAUAGAACCUGUUAAUCAAUAAAACUAUUGAUGCAAGGAAGAUCAUUCACAACUUCUUUGAUAACAAAGUGGUCCGUACCAGGAUUUGGACAGCACUUCAGCAAGCAUGACAAGGCAAGUAACACUCACAGUCACAUCAACGAUGGACAGCAUACAUCUCCAACAAGAGGAAAUCUAACCAUCGCUUACUAACAAUUAUUUGCAUCAUCAUUAGACCCCUCUCUGCCUCCUAAUCAUCAUCAAUUGGGAGCUUUACUGACUAGAAACAACUACGUAAGAAACAAUGGUUACAAAAGAAGAUCAAAGGCAUGGCAUUUUGUGGUGAGUAACUCACCCUGACUUCUUAAGUCUUUUCAUACCUACAAAAUUGAAGUGGAAUAAGAUGAAUUACUCUCAUCUGCAUGGAUGUGAGCUAAAGUUAGAAGCCAUGCUGGCCAAAGAAACAUUCCUUACUGAUAAAUAUUCAUCAUAUUAAACAUUAAUUUUCAAACUCCAAGCUGUAAUGGUUUGUCUCCACAGAGACAAAACUAACAGGCGCACAGAAAUUUUUGAUUCUCCUUAAGUCACUCUUCAUACAAUUUUGGAAAGAUCAUUACUUCACGGCCACCAUUAUCAAAAAUAUGCAACUCCAUCUAACUACUUGACUGAAAUGGUUCAAUUUGGAAGUUCAGUGAAAUAUUCUCAUGGAAAUUGGGGAUCAUCAAUAAACGGUAGCCUUGCCAGUGAUGGACAUGUUCUACGAAUGAAAUGAAUAUUUUUACUCUGAGACAUGAUUUGAAAAGUGAAAUUGGCAUGAAUGAAUAAUAGAAGUUUGGACAUUUAACGAUUACAGGAUGCAGGAUACAGGAUUACAGAUGCAGAUAGAGCUCUAUCAAAUAUAUUUCACUUUGUGAUAUUAAUAGUUAUUCUUACGGUUGCAAUUCAUAUUGAAAGCUCGUUUUCCAAUGACACAAACUGAAGCAUAAAAUAUGGCAAUAAAUUGAGGAAGAGACAUCUGAAAAUGUUUGGAUUACUACGUGCAUAACAUUCAAUAUAUGAAUAUAGUGACACUGAAUUUUUAAGAUUCAGUCUCCAGGUAAUGCAAGGGUUGCAUCUUGGGAACAGUCCCCAAACUGAUAUUUCUAAUAUUUACUAACAAGAAACAUUAAUAAGGGUGGACUAAAAUUAUCACUUAUUUCUUUUCCCCCCUUGUAUAGUUAUAAUAAUAUAGACUGUCACACAUCAGAAUCAGAUUUAUUAUCAUUGGCACGGGUCAUGAAAUUUGUUAACUUAGCAGUAGCAGUACAAUGCAACACAUGAUAAUUUAGAAGGAAAAAUAAGUAAAUCAAUGGUAGUAAGUAUAUAUGUAUAUCAAAUCAUAGAAUUAAAAAUAGUGCAAAAACAGAAAUGAUAAAUAUUAAAAUAAAGUGAGGUAAUGUUCAUGGGUUCAAUGUCAACUUAGGAAUUGGAUGGCAGAGGGGAAGAGAAUGUUCCUAAAUCACCGUGUGUGUGUGCCUUCAGGCUUCUGUACCUCCUUCAAGAUGGUAACAAUGAGAAGAGAGCAUGCCCUGGGUGUUGGGGGGUCUUUAAUAAUGGACUUUGCCUUUCUGAGGCACCACUUUUUGAAGACGUCUUGGAUACUACAGAGGCUGGUAGCCAAGAUGGAGCUGACUAAUUUUACAAUUUUCUGUAGCUUAUUUUGUGCAGUAGCCCUCUCCCUACCCCCCCCCCCUCCCUAGACAGUGAUGCUGUGUAUCAGAAUGUUUUCCACAGUAUAGUAGUUUUGAGUGUUUUAGGUGACAAACUAAAUCUCUUCAAACUCCUAAUGAAAUAUAGCUGUUGUCUUGCCUCCUUUAUAGCUGCAUUGAUGUUGGGACCAGGUUAGAUCCUGAGAUCUUGACACCCAGGAGCUUGAAAAUGCUCACUCUAUCCACUUCUGAUCCCUCAUUUUACCUUUCCUGAAGUCCACAAUCAGCUCUUUCGUCUUACUGAUGUUGAGUGCAAGUUUGUUGCUGCGACACCAGUCAACUAGCUGGUAUAUCUCACUCCUGUAUACCCUCUCAUCUCCAUCUUGAGAUUCUACCAACAAUAGCUGUAUAUCACAAAUUUAUAGAUGGCAAUAGAGCUACCCAGCCAGACAGUCAUGGGUAUAGAGGGAAUAGAGCAGUGGCCAAGCACACACCCGAGGUGCGCCAGUGUUGAUGGUCAGCAAGGAGGAGAUACGCACAGCUGUGGUCUUCCAGUUAGGAAGUUGAGGAUCCAAUUGCAGAGUGAGGCACGGAGGCCCAGGUUCUGUAACUUAUUGAUCAGAACUGUGGGAAUGAUGGUUUUAAACACUAAGCAAGCAUCCUGACAGAGGUGUUUGUGUUGUCCAAGGCCAUGUGAAGAGUUAUAGAGAUUGUGGCUGCCAUAAGCCAACUGUGGUGACAGGCAAAUUGCCGAAUCCAGGUUCUUGCUGAGAUGGAGUUGACUCUAGCCAUGACCAACCUCUCAAAGCACUUCAUCACUGUAUAUCUGAGUGCUACUUGACGAUAAUCAUUAAGGCAACUCACACUACUCUUCUUGGCCACUGGUAUAAUUAUUCAAAUGGUCAGUUUCAAAGUAUCAAUAGAUACAUUAUUUUUUUAUAAAUAUACAAGAAGUAUACAGUGUAAAAGUGUCAAUAGUAGAGAUUUGCCUUGGUAGUUUCCAAAGCAAGUGUUGCCUUCUGGCUGUGAGCAUGUAGCUAUGUUCUUAAAUACCAUGUACCAGUUUGAUUAUGGGUUGCAUGUAAACCAUCGUUCUGUAGACUAGGUUACCUUUGAACUAAGACGUACAAACAAGCUGAAUGAACUCAGCAGGUCCAGCAGCAUCCAUUGAAAUAAGCAGUCAACGGAUGCUGCCCGACCUGCUGAGUUCAUCCAGCUUGUUUAUAUGUCUUGAUUUGACCACAGCAUCUGCAGUAUACUUUGUGUUUACCUUUGAAUUAACUAGCUGCUAUCUCUAUUCCAUAAAUCCAGAAGAUGUUUGCAUUACAGUAAUUAACUUCCCUCUUUUGAAAAAAAAUUAAAAUUUAUGGGAGAAUUUCAUGAAGUGAAAUUUGUACUCCCUGUAUUUAUGGUGGAAAGGAAUAAUUAGACACUUACCUUGUUUCAAAGGACAAAUUUCUGAAAGUUUAAUAUGCUGCUUCAGCAAUGAAUUAAAAAGACAAAAAGUAUGUUGGGCUACAAACAAAAGAAUAUUAAUGCAAGUGGACUUACUAUAUCUAUAUAUCUGUAUCUCUCUCUCUCUCUCGCUCUCUCUCUCUAUAUAUAUAUAUAUAAAAAAAACUGUGUCUGUCUGUUUUUCAGCUUGUGAAGCACAUAAUUGGAAUACAGAAGUGAAGGAUCAUCAGGUUGAUUGCUAGGAAAUUGUAUUUGUCUUCAGAGGAAAGAGACUCAGUGGACGAAGUGAGGCGAUUUUAUAGAAACAUAUAAAAUUCUUGUGGAACUUAAUAAGAUAAAUGUAGGAAUGCUGAGAUUCCCCUGAAGAAUCUAAACUUUAGGUCAAUGUUGCAAAAUAGAGAUGUAGCUAUUCAGGACUGACAUAGGAAGAAAUUUCUUUAUCUAGUGAAUCUUUGGAAUUCUCUAUCUAGGAGUGCUGUGGAGAUUCAGUUGCUAAGUGUAUUUAUGAACAAUUGGGAGACAUUUAGCUUCAAUGACAAUAUCCUUAUGCCACACAAUUAAUCAGGAUGACCCAGACAAAUUUUGUUUCAGACUUAUUUCCAGGCAAACAGCAAAUUCAAGCUUAACUGUUGCCAAGUCAAAAAUCAGAAUUGUAAAAUCUGGCAUCUAUCUUUGGAGAACCGCACCCCCCCCCCCCCCAUUGUUGCAAAUAGAGUCACUUCAGUGCUUUCACCCCAUAUACAAGAUUAUCUUUUUUUCCUCAGUUCUGAUGAAGGGUCUCAGCUUGAAAUGUUGACUAUAUUUUUUUCCAUAGAUGCUGCCUGGCCUGCUGGGUUCCUCCAGCAUUUUGUGUGUGUUUAUUGAAUUGUUAAUAUUUUAUUAAUUCUGUGAACUGUGGAAUACGAACUUGAGUUCAUAUUCCACUCUAAUCACUGAGGCCGACAUUCCAAUGCAGCAAUGAGAGAGUAUUAGACCAUGUAAAAAAACAAUAUUAGACCAAUAAAAAAUAUUCUAAAGCAUUAUUUUGAGGAGAAAAGGUUGGCUCUGGUGCCCCGGCCAGUGACUGUUCCUCAAACAUUACUAAAGCAGAGCAGCUAGUCAUUCUCACAUUACUGUUUUGAUGGCGAUACUUUACCUUAUUGUUUGAUUGAGGCUGACUUGCUUCUGUUCUAGUUUUGUGAGUUCUGAAAUGAUUGAUGAGGUCUGUGUUGGGACUAUAGACUUUUUAUCAGAUAGGACAGCAAAUGCCCAACAGAGCAGAUGAUAGGGUAGUUUGCCCUAUCAUGACUUUUGCACACUUAUUCCACAGAUAAGUUUCUCAAUAUCGUUCCAAAUAAUCCUCCCUAAUGUGAGCUCUUAUAGCCUAACAAUUCCGUAGAACUAAUGUGUAAGUUGCACUUUUUCCAAGGCAAACUGGUUUCAUUUCCUCUAUCCAGCAGGUAAUCACUUUUACGUGAAAGUAAAAAACAGAGUGCCCAUCAGACAUGCAACCAAGGUGUCCUAGCCAAAUUGUCCAACGAGUCCACUAGGUAUAAUUAGAACUGCUAUGCUGGGGAUAUUUGGGGUAGGUGUGACACGGAUACAUCUUUCCGGUCAACUAAGUGGAUUUUGCACUGACGGUAUUAGAUUCUAUUUCAAGUUCUUUGAGCUGCCUUGUUUAGUCCAGGUCUCAGUAACAAAAGCAGAGGAAGACAUUAGAUGUUUACUGUUGCCUGUGAGACCAGUUCUGGGGCAGGUCUCCAAUCUUCAACUUUGAAUGUGAUGGUUAAUUUCAGUGUUGAUGCCUGCCUUACGUAAGAGAUGGCUCCUGACAUGUGAAAAGUGAUUUUGAAUUAUUAUAAAACGAUAAGACUGCCUCUGUACAAAACAGUAUGAUUAUUUGUUAGUUAACCAAACUUAAUCAUUUGUAUCAAGUUUUGGCGUUACUAAUUAUAAUUCGGAUAUUAAUAAACAAUUGUUUGCACAUUGCAGGAUUGCAUUUCUUUAUUUGGCAAAACAAAGUUUGUUUAUUAUUCCUAAAGAGAGAGAACACAAGAAGACCAAGAGAAAAGGGCGGCACGGGAGUAUACUGGCCAGCGUAACAGUUUACAGCGCAAGCGAUCAGGGUUGAAUUCCCACUGUUGUCUGUAAGAAGUUUGUACAUUCUCCAUAUGGGUUUACUCUGGAUGCUUAAGUUUCCUCUCAGAUUCCAAAGACAGACAUCUUAGUUGUGGAAUGCUAUGUUGGUGCCUGAAGCUUGACAACAUUUGUGGGCUGUGUUGGUGGUUGUUGCAAAAUAGCCCACUUCACUGUAUGUUCUGAUGCACGUAUGACAAGUUAAUAUUUAAUUUACAGUUUAAUGAAACUAUUUCAGGCAUCAUUAUUUCUUAGUGUUCUUAGCACUAAGAAAACUCCUUUUCUAGGAGUUGUCGAGUAAAGUUAAUAAAAUUCUAUUCCCAGUUAGUUCAGAUUUCAGCUAAAUUUGAAACAAAACAGAUUUACAAGCACAGAUCCAUUAAAUCUGUGGUGCAAUUAUCGAUAUUUAUCAGUUCUACAUGUUUCAAUAUUUAUUAUUUUUUUAUUUUUGUUUUUACACAAUUUGUUUGCUUUUGUACGUUGGUUGCUUGUCCAUCUUCACGUGCAGUUUCUCAUUGGUUCUAUCAUGUUUCCUUACAUUUAUUAUGAAUGUCUGCAAGAAAAUAAAUCCCAGGAAAAUAUACAGUGCCAUUUUGUUCAUUCAUAGCUUGUCACACCAGACAGUCAGCCAUUCUUGUCUGGUGCAUAGUGUCAGGAUUGGUCUCCUGUCGGACUAACUGGGUCACGGUAUGAACGUUCCUGACUCGACCCUUGUUUUUUAAAAAUUUUUUUUAUGAGGCUGAGUGGCUAGCUCAGCGCUCAAGCUGGCGCAUAUGGGAAGUGUGUUCCGGGGGGGGAUGCCCUGACUGGUUUCGAACUUGGGAGCCUUCGCUUCCAAAGCCUGGCGCUAAUGCCACUGCGCCACCAGCUGGCUAUAUAGUGACAUAUAUAUACUUUGAUAAUACACUUACUCUGAACUUUACAAUGUUUAAGAUGUAAUAAUUAAACAAAAUGUUUUGGGCUUCAACAAUUUCCUCCAUUUCCUUCAACAGCCUGGGAUGCAUCUCAUCAGGAUCAAGCAAUGGUUUCAGGAGAAUUGGAGCUCACAUUUCCAAUACUCCCUUUUUAUCAAUUGCUAUCCUAUCCAAAAUCCUAAUUACAUCUUUCUUUGCCUCUGUUUUAGUAAAGACUGGUAUCACAAAGACUGAGGUGAUUACUGAAAUACAUUGACUGACAAAGAACUAAACAGAUGUGUUGCAGCACGAAGUUUUACCUUAAGCAUAUGCUGCUAAUUUUACUCGAUCUGGACUGGCUCGUAUGAAGAGGAAUAAUGAGAUCCC